CUGAGACACUUGUGGGUCCUUUGUGUUGUGUGCUUUGUUCCUUCCUUCAAGAAAGUAAGACGGACCCGAUAAAUAAUUCGGUAUCCAACUAAAACCGACCCGAACCGAACCGGACCAGUCAACCCGACCGACCCGAUCUUUCUUCAUUUCGACUGAUCACCAUUGAUCCCCAAUCGCUGCUACGAACAGAGCUUCGGCGGAAAUGGGAAGAUGAUGACGUUCUCCAAUGGAUUGAUUCGAAUCUUUUGACUCAUCGACCCCAUUUUGAAAACUCGCAAUACCAUUGAUUGAUCAGUUUUCGAGUCGAGGUAAUUUUGAAUCAGGCGAGACACUCCAAGUUAGGAUCUUUGCUUCGAGCUUUUGUGCGAUCGAUCUAAAAGGCUAUAUAAGAUGGUGAGACCAUCGGAUUUUAAAGCAAUUCAAGGGUUUAUUCGGCUGCAUUACACUCGGGUCAACCCUGUCACCAUUGGUCGAUCAAACCCAUCAGCUUUGUCUUCUCCAGCUAUUCCCUCCAAUGGUGUUUCUCAGCUUCAGCCUAAGUUUAGCUUUCACAGCUUAUCUUCGAAACCCACUUCCACAAACGUGGGGUUAUCUCAGAUUCUGUCCUCUCCUAAGCUCAAUCCUAAGUUGCAGCAAGCUUUGGGUUUGCCUCGUGUGAAUGUGAGUUUUGCAUCGUCGUUUAGAUUGGUCUCCAAUAAGAGCUCUGGAUUUCGAAAGAUUGAUGGGAAUUUUGCGAGGAAGGUUGUUGAUAAGCCUGUCAAAGCUGUUAGUUCUACUUUUGCUAGAUACCGUGAGGCUAUUGGGUUGCACGUUGAUGCAUUUUGGAAAAAGAAUAGUCUUGUUGUGUUUGGAGCUGGAGGUGUUUUUGUAUGUAUUUUCCUGUGGAGGAUUAUGUUUGGAAUUGCUAGUACAUUUGUUGGCCUCUCAGAGGGCAUGGCCAAGUAUGGGUUUCUUGCACUUUCCUCAGCCAUCGUAGCAUUUUCUGGACUAUACCUCCGCUCAAGGUUCACAAUUAAUCCCGAUAAAGUUUAUAGAAUGACCAUGAGGAAGAUCAAUACUGCAGCUGAAAUCCUAGAAGUUAUGGGUGCUCCUCUGUCAGGAUCAGAUUUACGAGCUUAUGUGAUGUCAGGCGGUGGCAUAACAUUUAAAAAAUUCAAGCCAACAAUUAGGAGCAAGCGCUGCUUUCUUCUAUUCCCUGUUCAGGGUUCUGAGAGAAAGGGCCUUGUUAGCGUUGAAGUUAAGAAGAAGAAAGGCCAGUAUGACAUGAAGCUUUUAGCGGUAGAUAUUCCAAUGGCGUCUGGUCCCGACCAACGGCUAUUUCUGAUUGGCGAUGAAGAAGAGUACAGGGUUGGUGGUGGUUUAAUCUCUGUGUUAAGAGAUCCUGUUGUGAAAGCCAUGGCAGCAACUAAGGAGUUUGAUAAUCUUGAUAGAAUCGAAGAGGAAGAAGACGCUGAAAGAGAACUUGAAGAAGCUGAAAGAAAGCACCGUGAAGAGAUCGAGAAGCUCGAAAAAGAGGGCUCAUAACUCGGAUUUUCUUCCCCAGAAAACUUGACGACGUUUCUUCUUAACUGGAUAUAAAAACAACACCAUGAAUCUUUUUCAAAACCCAGUUUUUUUUGUUGCUAACUUUCGAGAAAUAAAUUUCCCUGGCUAUGUUUAUCAGAGGAUGCUAUUGUGAAUUUGUGAUUAUUGAUUCUUCAUACAAGAUGUAUCUCUUUGUUUCUAACU